AUGUCUAUCCAAGCUAGACUCUCGACAAUGGCCACCAACACAGUUGGGAAACGCAAAAGAAGUGAUAGUCCGAACGGCAGCUCAGCUUUGGCACACAAAUCUAAACAGAAGCUUAAGACAGAAUCUAUACUCUCCUUCUUUGGCUCGACGACUCCGAAUUCUUCUGAUCUGCAAACCUGGCAAGUAAGAGGCUCAAAUGAUGCUGUAGAAAAAUCGUUACUUUUUACGAAGUAUUCACCUUCAAAUAGCUGUAGAUCUUCUAUUGCUGAUACAGAUACUCCAAAUACAACUUCUCUAAAUUCCAGAAACUUAAAAAUAGCUGCUUUUGAUCUGGAUUCCACGCUCAUCACAACAAGAUCUGGUAAGAAAUUUUCUAGCGAUGCCCAAGAUUGGAAAUGGUGGCACUCUUCCAUUCCUAACACAUUGCGAAAGCUUAUCUUGGAGGAUGGAUUUAAAAUCGCCAUCAUAAGUAACCAAGCUGGCCUUUCUUUAAAAAAUAAAUCAGAUCCUAAAGCCAAACUUCCCGAGUUCAAAUCAAAAGUUUCCUCGCUUCUUAAUAAAUUAGAUCUACCUGUCAGUGUUUAUGUUGCCACAGAAAAUGACACAUACAGGAAGCCAAGAUCUGGAAUGUGGGAAGAACUAGUCAGAGACACACUAGUUGACAAGUCUGAAGAACUCAAUCUCGAAGAAACUUUUUUUGUCGGUGACGCUGCUGGUCGAGCAGCUAGCCCCGGGAGACCCAAGGAUUUCUCCUGCUCCGAUCGCAACUUUGCAGAGAAUGUCGGUAUCAAAUUCUUUACCCCUGAAGAGUUCUUCUUAGGAGAAAAGCCUCGCCCAUUCUCCCGAUUAUUAGAGCCUGCCAAAUAUUUUCAAGGAUUGACAACUCAAUGCUCCCAGCCAUUUUUGAAAAAAAAUAAAAAUGAUAUCAUUCUUCUGUGUGGUAGCCCCGGAUCAGGAAAAUCAAGCUGGUACUGGGGAAACUUAGAGCCGCUUGGAUAUGUUAGGGUGAAUCAGGACACCCUCAAGACUUGCGAUAGAUGUAUCAAGAUUGCAUCACAGGCCCUUUCGGACGGUAAAUCAGUAGCCAUUGACAACACUAAUGCUAGUUUCGAGGUGAGGAGAAAGUGGGUAGAACUAGCCCGAAAAAAUGAGGUUCCAAUUCGAUGUGUGAAUUUUACAACGCCAAUUGAGAUCUGCAAACAUAAUGACACAAUGCGAGCCUUAAAUCCAACUAUGAACCCUGAAAAUCGUAUGAUGCUACCCGCAAUAGCUUUUGCAAGCUUUACAAAGCGAUAUCAGGCACCUCAGAUGGAGGAAGGGUUUCAAGACAUUGUCGAGAUAAAUUUUAACCUUCGUGGGUCCGAAACGGAACGGAAGAUUUGGAACCAUUACUGGACCUAA